UAUCCUCAGCCUUCUCCCUCUCUCCCGCUUAUUUCCAAAGGAGGGGGAGAAGAGAGGCGGGGCUUCGCUAGAGCACCGGCUUCCGGCGUGGACCCUCGGCGCUCUAGGAGGCGGGCCAACCUACCGGAAGUGGCUCGGAAGAGGCAGCGGCGGCGGCGGCCUGAGGGGAGCGAAGUGCGUGUGUGCGAAAGGAGGGCGCCAGAGCGGGCGCGAGCAAGAAAGCAGGCGCGCGGGGCCGCUCCUGCGCGCGCGCCAGAGAGAGAGGAAGAGGGCGCGCGUGCGUGCCCGCGGGUGCGUGAGAGAGAGAGAGGGGAGAGCGCCGGAGAGCGGGCGGACGGACCGACGGAGGGCAGCCAGGCGGACGGGCCAGGCCUGACGGCGGCGACUGAAAGGAGCGAAAGAAGAAGAAGAUGGCGGACGGGGACAGCGGGAGCGAGCGAGGGGGCAGCGGGAGCGGCAGCGGCGGAGGGGGAGGCGGCGGCGGAGGAGGAGGAGGCGGAGGCGGCGGCGGCAGCUUCCAGGGCCACCGCGGCGGCGGCGGGCCGGGCCCGGAGCAGGAGACGCAGGAGCUGGCCUCGAAGCGGCUGGACAUCCAGAACAAGCGCUUCUACCUGGACGUGAAGCAGAACGCCAAGGGGCGCUUCCUGAAGAUCGCCGAGGUGGGCGCGGGGGGCUCCAAGAGCCGCCUGACGCUCUCCAUGGCGGUGGCCGCCGAGUUCCGCGACUACCUGGGCGACUUCAUCGAGCACUACGCCCAGCUGGGGCCCAGCAGCCCCGAGCAGCUGGCGCAGGCGGCCUCCGGCGGGCCCGGCGGGGAGGACGGCGGCGGCGGGGGCGGCCCUCGGCGGGCCCUCAAGAGCGAGUUCCUGGUGCGCGAGAACCGCAAGUACUACCUGGACCUGAAGGAGAACCAGCGCGGCCGCUUCCUGCGCAUCCGGCAGACCCUCAACCGCGGGCCCGGGGGCGGCGGCGGGGGCGGCGGGCCGGGCUUCCCCGGAGGGGGCCCGCCGGGCCUGCAGAGCGGCCAGACCAUCGCCCUGCCCGCCCAGGGCCUCAUCGAGUUCCGCGACGCCCUGGCCAAGCUGAUCGACGACUACGGGGCCGACGAGGACGAGCUGGGCGGCGGCGGCGGCGGGGCGGGCGGCGGCGGCCUCUACGGCGAGCUCCCCGAGGGCACCUCCAUCACGGUGGACUCGAAGCGCUUCUUCUUCGACGUGGGCUGCAACAAGUACGGCGUCUUCCUGCGUGUCAGCGAGGUGAAGCCUUCCUACCGCAACGCCAUCACCGUGCCCUACAAGGCCUGGGCCAAGUUCGGCGGGGCCUUCUGCCGCUACGCCGAGGAGAUGCGAGACAUCCAGGAGCGCCAGCGGGACAAGCUGUACGACCGGCGUGCCGGGCCCGCUGGGCCGGGGAGCGGCAGCGGAGCCGGGGAUGAUUCCGACGGUGACGACGUGGACGACGACUGAGGCUCUUCUCUUCUCCUCCUCCUCCCGGUCCCCCUGCCAGCCAGCCAGCCAGCCAUCGCUUUGACAACCCCCGCCCUUCCCCUCCCCAGCCGCCUCCACUCCACGGCGGAGGUUGCCCUGGAAGGGGGUGGGAUUGGGUGGAAACGGGGCAGGAAACCUGAUCCCAAGCCGCUCUCCUCUGUCAGCAAGGAGAGAGUGCGACCCAGCCACGAGAUGACUUGCACCAGUUCAAAAAUGGCCCCUUGAAUUCCUCGAUCCACCCUACCCCCACCCCUUUUCCCCGGGAUUACAGAAUCUGUCAGCCGCUCGGCCCAUCUUGAAGGACCCGGUUGCUCUUCCUUGCAGAGAUAAAUUCCUGUGACCUCAAUUCAACUUCAGCCCCACCUCAGGUGGAGGGAAGGGGAUCCCUGUGAUCUGAAUUCACCCUGGCCUUCCGAGGCUCCUCAUCUAUCUAAUCUCCAAGAGGUUUUAUUUUGGGGCAGGGAAGGAGAGGAGUUACUUGAAUCUCAUCUCCCUCUCCCCCCCACUUGCAUUUUUAAGAUGGUGUCCCUCUGCUAUUGAAACCAGCAUCCUGGAAACUACAUGGUCACUGAGCACACUUUGAAGGAAGAGGAGAAACCACCACAGCUGUCCAAAUCCGUGGGGUGGGGUGUGUGAGCAGAUCUUGAUGGGGCAAAUUGUUCAGUGUUGUAAAGAUCAACAAUCAUGGACUUAGCCCAUAAAAGUUUGGGGGUUUAAAUAGGGCAGGGAGGGCACCCAGGGUGGGCAGGGGAAGAAACAAACAACCCUGAGAGCUUUCAGAAAUAUAGUUGGGAGUGGGGAGCCUGUAUCUGGACCAAUGUCCACUGUUGUCUUUCUCCCCCCCCCCUUUUCAGAAUUGUUUGUUUAAUUUCUGGGAUGCAAAUUGCUAAGCUCCAGGUGCCUGAACUGGAAUUGAUAAGUGAAUUCAUUUAAAGCUGGCAAGUUCUAAAGAUCUUAAAUGGCUUUAUCUUUUUCUUUUUUAAAUGUGGGUUGCAAACAGGUAGGCUAAAGAAAAACAGGCAUAAAGCACAAGGAACCAGAAUGGACGGGUUGCUACUUACAAGUUUUUCCCCUUCUCUCCAAAUAAGGUGAAAGAGCAAAUGGCUUUAGUAGGAGGUGGAAACUGGAACUGCCUUACCGCAGGCUUCAAAAGAUGACCUAGUCGAAUUAUGGAAUCUGAUGUGUAGAUGGGUUUUUAAAUCUUGAUCAUAAACUGGCAAAAGAAAUGAGUGGCUACAAGUCUGUGAAAAAGAUUGAGUGGGAAACUGAAGGCUUCUUUCAUCGUGCAAAAUCAGUGAACAUGUAUGAAAACAGACACAGAGAACCUCAGGUCCAGAAGCCCAGCAUCAGUUAUUCUUUUAAGAAGAUUUUUUAAAAAAACAAAAAGAGAACUCGGUCCAUUUUCUCAGUACCUCACAUUAUGUUAACAGCAGAGUUGGCAAGAUUGAUGGGAUGGAUUGUUCAGAGCAAUGCAUGCCCUGUGGGAGUUUGAUAUCCAUCGCUAAAGAGGAGCAGAAACCAACCAACCAAGUUCUGUGACUAUGAACGUACCCUAGCAGCAUUUUACCACCUUCAGAUUUUAAUCGUAGACUGGCUACUGCCAAUUCGUCCAGCUAUCCUUCCCAAACAGAGUUGGGUCUCCCCACCCAAGGAAUUGCCUCAUCUAUAUUUUAAAUGGAUUCUUACCUAAAAUAUUUUUUUAAAACUAAUGAAGUCGGUCCUAUCCCCUCAAAAAAGAUGUUUUUAGAUGCACUAUAUACUAGUAACUUUGAACUGAAUGGGAAUUACUGUUCAUUGCAAAGUUUCAGGUAUUGUUUGUGCAACAUCUUAGAGGUAGAAAAACCUUCCUCUGCAAUCUCUAGUAUUUUUUUUUUAAUUGUGCAUGCCUGUCCUUUAUUUGAGCUGCCUUUUUAAUUUAUUGCAUACCCUUAUUACCUUAUUUUGGUAUUCUUAUCUAUACUAUCUUUGUUUUGUAUUUAUUAGAAAGCAAGGAGACAUAUAAAAGGCAUUUCUUCACACAGUUGUGGCUAGAGUGGGGAAACUGGCUGGAUUUUUUUUUAAAAAAAAAUUGUUAUAACGGUUAUAAAGAUCAGCAAAUAAUGUCAGUAAUUUACCACAAAAUGUUCAGCCACACACAUGAUUGUCUAUUUUAAAGCUAAUUCUUUAUUCCCAGUAUCAAUGGUGGAUCUCUUUAUCGUAUCUUUGAAGAAACUUUUCUUUCCAUUUUUCUCCGUCGCAAAGAACUUGUUUCCUGACUUGUAAUGGGAGCAAUAGUAUUUCUUGAUGUUUUAAUUACAUCCGUAUACUUGUACUGUAUUUUGUACUCUCCAAGGCAGCUGUUUUCAAUAAUGUCCUGCUGUAUUUACCUAUGUAUUUUUGUUCAAAUGUAUGUAGUUCUUUGCUGCGGAGAACAAUUUUCACCAACAAAAGUUUCAGCAGACAGGUUAACUGGGAUACUGCAGCCCUCUAGGAUUGCAGGAAACUCUGCUCAACUAAUUAGAACUUUAGGCAGCAAUGAAAAUUAAGGCUGCAAAUGCUUGGUGUAUAUUGCUGUAACUCUUCACUCGUUUUAAAACUGUACAGUACUUGUAUAGACCAACGAUGUUUUGUUGCUUGAGUGAUAAUUGGGUUUUUUUUUCUUUUGUUGCUCAGCUGCUGUGAGCCAAUUAAGUUCUUGCAAAGAUGCAGUACCUCUCCUUUUCAGGAGGAUUUUUUGGCUGAAUUGCAGUAACUAGCCUUACCUUUGUAUUAUUAUGUGGUAGUGACAGGGUUUUGACUGUCCCUGGCUGGUGGCUGCAUACGCUAUCAUUAGCUGCCUAGGAAAUGUGUGGAAGUGGACAGGAGCAUAUAUCAAUUGUAUGCCAGGAACUCUGCCAUAUAUGGUGUUGGCUUUGGCAACCAGAAAAAGUCUCCUGUAGUCAUUAGACCAGUUAAGCUGAUGUAUAUUAAGUACACAGAUUUGUACAGCCCUCCGAGAUGCACAGGUGGUGACAGUGCAGUGUGUCAGUAAGAAGGUCUAAACGAAACCCAUGGGCCUGCUUGUGCCCAGUUAAGUAUCCGUGGUAGGUUUUUAAAUUUUUAACUAAUACUGAGGUUAUCGCACCAUAACAGGCUAUUGGCCAAGCCUCUUGGUGUGGAAAGAUGGGUCCUAGUGGUGCAAGGCAUUAAGUGCCGAGGUUCACUGAGGAAAUCAUUCCUUGUGGUGGUUGCACAAUAGAGCUCUGGAGAAUGGGAGGCAAUGGGGGGAAAGGGGGCUUGCCUGAAAUCUAUACAGCUUUGAAUGUGUUUCUCUCUCGCUCUCUUUGUGAAACUUGAAACUUUUAUGCUUAAAACAGUGGAGAACACAAAAAAGAUCAUUUCAGGGUCAUUUGGAAUCAUUGGCCUCUAAUGCAAGAAGAAUCCUAACUGGCAUAGGGCUGAGUGUUAAACAUCUAUUCUCCCUCACACACACACACACACCCGGCCUCCGCAUUCCUUGUAGAAGUCACACCUUAAAAAUCACACUGCUCUCCAAGCCUAGUAGUUUUGUCCUGGUGAUUCGCUUCCACAAAUUCUGAAUAGGCAGCCAUAUGCAUGUUCAAAAGCACUGCAGUUUGUGUGGUGGGGAUUUUCUGCCAAAUUGGGAAAAUGUAUUAUCUAGAUUACAUCUGAGAUGAGCAAAUCUUGUUAUCCCCAUUUAUUUUCUUUUGCUUAAAUGUCAAUUUAGGUAAAAGCUUCCCCUUUUACCUAACAAGUGAAAGCUUCCCCAUUCUUGGUGCUGCAGUUGUCAUAUCCUUGGAUUUUUCUGCUGCAAUGUUGACAAUGCCUCAGUGUGGUUUACAAACUGCUGCAUCCAGCAUGAAGCUAGCUGGAUUCCUGGAGUUAAGCUGUCAUGUGUUCAGAUAUGCUGGUUUAAGUGGCUUGUGGACCACGCUGUUGUCUUAAAAUGUUGUAGGAAGAUUCUAUAGACAAAAACCCGAUAACAAAUGGGCAAUCUCUCUGGGGAGUUCCUGCAUACCUGGCAUUUCUAGACUUCUGUGGUCCUUGGAAUGAUGAUUCUGGAAUGCAACUGUCAAAGCAUCUGCUGUACAAAACAAAAUGUAAAUCUUGUAUAGCACCAAAAAUUGUAAAUAUUUGAGGCAUACAGGUAUAAAACACCCGUAGCUUUAGCUUGCAUCUAGUUACGGGUUCAUGAUCUUAUAUCCCAUAGCUGUCUACUGCAAAGUGGUUGCAGGCCCUACAGUGAAGGUUAGCGCUUUCUCAGAGUCCGCCCUCACUGUGGCUUAAGCUGGCAUCCUCUUUGCACCAAAUCACAGAUCUUUUUUAAGAAAGUAAGAUACAACCUUCUUCAGUUUUUUCUCCCCAAAAACACACUUAAUUAUCCUGUCCUGUCCCCUCUUAUAGUUUUCAGGAUAAUGGGCACAAGAGGCAAGUUACAAUAAGCCCCUCAUAUUGAGUGGUCCCAUCAUUGACUGCACACUUCAGGUCUUGGAAUAGCUGAGGAUGACUUGUGACAGUGUGGUUUGCUCCCAUCUUUGAAGGAGGUGUAGUGUAUUGACUACACAGGAUGUUUGAAAAGUGACUCCCUCAAGCUACUUCUCUCUUGUGAGGGCAGCAGUUUUGUGAUUUUGGUGGAAAACUGUUCAGUGCAUAAGCAUGCGUGGACAUCUCAAAGUUUUAACAGAAAGAUUAUGGUACUUUAUCUGAUGCACAAUUUAAUCUCUCAGCAGAUAUUUCAGUUUUUAUUUAAACAAACAAAAAAACUUGUGGCCUUGACUCUUAACUUUGUGGAAGGGAAGAGAAUCUAAUUUUCCCUAGAUGAAAGUGGCACUUUCUUUGGCUUCAAAAUUAUUCUAAUUCUACAGAGUUCUUAGUAAACAUGUUCUUGAUAUGCUUCCUCUGUUGUUGUUUUUUAAAGCAGAUAAAAUGGUAAAUGUCUUGAAGUGUUUGCUAUGAAUUGCAUUUAGUUUUUUAAAGGGAUAGUGUAAUUAGGACAACUGAUCUACUUGAGGCUAAAUGUUAAAAAUUAAAUAAUGCUGAUAAUUAUAUAUAUAUAUAAAGGAAAAGAAAGACAUUGUUCUCAACAUUAUUUCUGAAACUGUAUAGGCAAUUCUGAUUUUACCCAGCAGAACCCUUGGGGCAUAUUCACAUUACAAACAUGCUAUCCUGGCUUCCCCCCAAAGAAAAUUGGUUUUGGGUGCUGAGGAUUCCACUGGAGAUCCACAGACCCCUCACAGAACAAAACUUGGGGUAUAGAUAAGUCCCGAGCUGUCACACUCGGAUUGGUUUUCUGCCAUUGAAUGCUCAAAACAAGUAUGCGCGAAUGACGGAGAGGUUGUGGCAGGUCUCAUUGUGUUUCUCAUUCUUGGUUUCUUGUUCACGAAUGAAUUUGCAGUGUAAAUACCCAAUCGUCAUGAUAUCUUUCUUCCCCUAUGUACUCCUUGAUAAUCUGAUUCCAGGUUUGUUAGGGUUAUUUAGAAAGCUCGCCUAUUGUCCAGUAAUGCUGUUUAUGGUAACUUAGUAUCAGCAAGAUUACUGUAGUUAAAUGUUGUGCUUGAGCAUUAGCCAGAUCAUCUUAAUUGUCAGAUGGGGCUUACCUCCUUAAAUUACACAUUUGUGGAUGAUUUGUUAGAUUAGUAGAUUUUUGCUCAGCUUGGGGAAGCCUGGCUGUCGUAAAAGAAUUCCUCCUUUUCCCCUCUUGCAGGUUCAGAGAAACCUCACCUUUUGCACUUUGUGGUUUUUUAGCCAACACAAGAAGAAUGAGAAAAACAAAAUAGUACUGUGACAGGUUGCUUUUGUGUUCUGAGGUUUUGUGUUAAUGGAGAGGGAAAUGUGGCUCCCAACAGCUAACUGAACAGCUGUUUUGUGCAGGGUUUCCAGUUCAGAAAGAUUUUAUCUUGGAAGCAAACUUUUGAACAUCGGAAUGUGGCCACGAACUACUACCUCUCAUAUCUGUAGAGUGGCACUUACCUGCAGUGGUGCUAGACGAACUUCAUCUUAAUACAACCUGAUUGCUUCUCUGUUGCAAUAUAUGGCGGAGUAGGGUUUUCCCCUUAAGAAUCAAAUUAGACCCCACCAUGAUAGUCUAGUCAGAUCCCACACGUUAUAUUGUAUAGUUGUGAAGGGUAAGCAAUAAUAAUGCUGGGAUCCAGAGAACUGAACAAGGUUUGUGUACUUGAGCUAGAGUUGGUCGUGUGUUUCUUAAAGAGCAGCUCCUCCAUGCUACGUGCUUCUGAAACUGAACUUUGAAAGCAGUUUGUGGCGUGGGGGAACACUCCCAAAUCUCACUGGGUGUGCUGAAAAGAACUCUUUGGGUUUUGAUGUAUAUUCUUCAACUUAGCCUUACAGCUAUAAAAUGUAACACCAGUGGUCCACAUUCACUCAUUGCUGAGUUGGGAAGGAAGAAUUAAGCCACAAUUCUAGAAGAGCGCAGUUGAAGUCCAUGUUCCCUUGAGUCUUUUGAGGGCAAAUUUCACCCUCCGUUCAUCUUCCAAACUUGUGCAUUUACCGGUGGCUCUCUGUUGCAUUCUAGUGAGGAGCAUUAGCCGGCCAGAAAUGCUCACCUAAGGGAGAUAGAAUGUUCCAUGUUGGACAUAAACAAUUAUUACCUUGUUUUAUUUUUAAUUGGUUUUUUUCCUGCUAGCCUUCUCAUUCCAACCCCUCUUCUUAAUCUGACGAGAGAGAGCUCAAGGCGUCAGUGUGUACUGGCAAUACCAACACACUUUUGUCUCUUAAAUUCCGUGUAGGGAAGGUUAAGUGCGCUUUGUCAAAGGCGUUUUGUAAUAUGCUGCUAUGUAGCCUUAAUCUUGUAAUGUACUGUGUAUAUAUGCAUAUAUAUACAUGCAUACAAAGUGAGCGGCCCACAGUUCAGAAGCAGAACGUUCUAGUUUGCCGAAGCUAGUGUGGAAAAAGCCACCCCUGGUGGCAGUCCCCAUCCCCCCCCGCCCCCAGCCUGGUUUACUGCUGUUCUGUGUAGCCAAGGUAGAUAGUUCUUUAAAAACUUGGAGAGAGAACAUAAUUUAAAACAGCAGUCACUGCACAUCGUUUUUAACCUAGGCAAGUUUCCAAGGCCAGAUAUUUAAUUUCCUGCCCUGCUCUUCUGUGUUGAAAGACCCAUCUGGUUAGAAAAUCCCAUCUUUGAAUCUGUGUGGGAUUUACAAGAAGAAUAUAGCUUAAGCUGUUCGUUUCUUCUCACUGUCCCCUGCUCAGAACUGGAGCUGAUGUCUUGGGCGAGUCCCGACGUAGAGUGCCAUGAUAAAUGGGUUCCCAAAUAAUCUCCCUGCUUCUGUAUGCUGAAUGAAUGUUUCCACCUUAGCAACAUUUUUGCAGGGAGGCCUGCUAGGAUAAAAGGAGCAGGUCAUAGGCAGACACUGCCAAUAAUGUGGGCUGCUCUCCAUGUUAACUCCCCACCCCAGUAUUUCAGUCCAACCCUUCCAGUAAGUGAGAAAUAGAAAACAUGCUAAUGUGUAUUCCUAAAGCCAGGUUCUCCUUGCUCUUUCUGUGGCCAAGGCUGAGCUCCACAGAAGGAGCGGCUUCUAUGUCUAUUUAGAGCAGUGGUCUUGCUUGCUCCUAGGAAUCUUGGGGUUCCCCAGAAUGUAUUGUCCCUCCAGUGAGAAGAUUGCUUGUCUGCCAGUGCAAAGUGCGCAGCUGCAGCUAGGGAGAGCGAGGUGUUUUUACAGCACGCUCUCAGUUUGCAAGAGGCAACAGCGAGGCCGAACAGGACUGGCCAUUUGCCCCCUGUGAAAGGAGAGCAUGGCCUAAAACGCGCUCAAGAAUCCUCCACAGUAUGCAGGGGGUCUGCAGGAGAUGCUCAAGAUUUUCCCAGGGUGGGAAGUUGAAAAGGGGAAAGUGUGCACGGAGUCCGGGCCUGUGUUGUGGUAGGCAAUUUAUUUUUGCGAAUGUUAUAUUACCAGUUCUGGCAGUCUUCCAUGUUUUUCCAAGGGCAGUGAAAGAGACAUUUGUGGUCUGGUUUUGAUUUUGUGUUUGGCUGCUGCUCGCUGCUUCGUUGAAUUAACCUUGCACUGAGUGGAUCUUUGCAAGUACAAAUCCUCCAGUGAGAUGGAUGGAUAGAGCAUCUCUGCUGGGCUUGCUGGCUUGGCCAUCUCUGUCUUCUUUCAGUGCAACCAUCAGCUGCCUCUGCCAGUCGGAGGUCUUGCUUGCUACAUAUAAUUACAAUCUCUGCUCAGUCUCAUGCUAAUGGGUUUUGUCAAAGUGAAGUGCAGGGCUAUGGAGAAUGGGCAGGGUUGUGGGGGGUUCGUUGCCCUUGGAGUGGAGGUCUUGUUGGGCUGAAUGUACAAUUUCAGUAGUGAGGAAAUAGUUUGAUUUGGUACAGAGUUGAGAAUAUCUCGUGCAAGUGAUAUAACUGAACAUACAUGGAUGUAAUCAACCCAUAUGUAAAUAUACACAUGUUUGUACAUUGUAUUCAUAGAAAGAGAUGUCUGUGUACAUGUGUAUGUAUUUAUAAAAUUGUUUCUCUGCUAGAUAGUAAAUGCAAAAGUAGCUCUAAUUUUAUAUAUAUAUAUAUAUAUAUUAAAAAAAUUCCCCUCUAUAAAUAUAUUAUAUAAAUGCUAGAAGUUAAUUUGUAGUGAAAUAGGACUGAUUUCAGGAAUAUCUGCUGAGAGACCAAAAAGUUCACUUUUAAGUACCUUAAUUAAAGAAUAAAGUUUAUUCCUCUUGUUUAUUUUUUUAUUAAAAAAAAUUAAAUGCACUUUAACUGGUAACACACCCACGGCUGUAUGGUGCAGUUUCAAACAUAUGGAAAUGUUUUAAAAGUGCAGCACCCAUUCAGAAAAUAUUCCUUUCUCACCUGUCAAGCAGAGCGCAGGAAAUGAUUUGAAAUCCCAGGGUCCGAGCUGCCUGUUUGUCUUGCUGCCUGUUGGCUGAAGCUUAGAUUCUGGUUUCCCUAUGGGGUGGGGGCGGGGCUAGCAGACUGCUUUUAAAGAGCAGCAUGGAGACAGCCAGACACUACAGGCUGCUGUCCAAUGAAGGCCAGGUCCUGGAUUUACCACUAGCUAACUAGCAAAAAAUAUCUAUAAAAAGAACCAGUCCAAAUGACAUUUAAGAACUCCUCAUGCUAGUUGAGCACUCCUUACAAUAGCAGGUUUUUGCAAAUGGAGUUUUACAGUCUAUAUUUAAAAAAUUGUAUGUUUGUAACAAAUAAAAAGUAUGCGGAAAAGUGAAUGAACCAUGUA